CCUAUCAUUUUUUACGCAGAUCACACUCAUCAUGAUGAACUUGCAGCUCAGCUUCCUGCCGCCUGCUUGACCCGGGAGCACCAGCAGGCUGCCGGGCCUCGCCCUCGGCUCCCUCCUCCUCUCGAAACCCUGGGGCUUCGGGGCACCGGCGGGGGUCCGAGUGGGCAGGGACUGCGGGAGGGGCGUGCAGGGGCGCGGGGUCCCGCCGGGGAGCGCGCACGGAGCGGCGCCUCGGCCGCCCUGCUUCCUGGAGCUGUGCUCCUUUGACCCCAGUGGCAGUCCCUGUCACUGCACCGCUCGCGCUCCCUCCGGCUCGCCGCGCCCUCGCUCCCUCUCCUCGCCCCCUCGCUCGCUCUCUCCCCAGAUCGAGGCUGCUCAGGUCCUUUCUCCCCCCGCCUCCCUCUAGCGCCGCGCCCCCUGGCCCCCAGCCCCAGCCUGCGGCGGGACCUCCGGGGUCGAAGGUUCUGGCCCUCCCGCGCCCCUCGCCGCCCCCGCGCGCCCCCAGCGCUCCUCCAGCCGGCUCGGGCCGCUCGGCUAUGGAUCGCCUGCUCGCCGGGCGCUGAAGGCAUCCCCGGGACCCGGAGCGCAGCCCGGGAAAGAAAUGCACAGCGGUAUUGAUGAGUAGAUCCUUGGAUUCAGAGGUUGGCUGAAACGCACCAUGCCUGCUUCCAUCUUUUGCUCUGUAAAGUUGUGAAUUGCUCAUGCCUAUAGGGAGGAAGGAUGGCACAUGGGAUUCCUUCUCAAGGCAAAGUUACCAUAACGGUGGAUGAGUACAGCUCAAACCCCACCCAGGCAUUCACGCACUACAACAUCAACCAGAGCAGAUUCCAGCCUCCACAUGUACAUAUGGUCGACCCCAUCCCAUAUGACACUCCAAAACCAGCGGGCCACACGCGGUUUGUCUGCAUCUCAGACACACACUCCAGAACAGAUGGUAUCCAGAUGCCUUAUGGGGACAUCCUUCUCCACACAGGCGAUUUCACCGAGCUGGGACUGCCCUCAGAGGUUAAGAAGUUUAAUGACUGGUUAGGAAACCUGCCAUAUGAAUAUAAAAUAGUGAUUGCUGGGAAUCAUGAACUGACAUUUGAUAAGGAAUUCAUGGCAGACCUUGUUAAACAGGACUACUACCGUUUCCCCUCUGUGUCCAAAUUGAAACCAGAGGACUUUGACAAUGUUCAGUCCCUCCUGACAAACAGCAUUUACUUACAAGAUUCGGAGGUAACAGUGAAGGGAUUCAGGAUAUAUGGUGCACCUUGGACCCCGUGGUUUAAUGGAUGGGGCUUUAACCUACCCAGAGGUCAGUCUCUGCUGGACAAGUGGAACCUCAUCCCUGAGGGCAUUGACAUACUCAUGACACAUGGACCUCCUCUAGGUUUUCGAGACUGGGUUCCAAAGGAGCUUCAAAGAGUGGGCUGUGUGGAGCUGUUAAACACGGUUCAGAGGCGAAUCCGGCCCAAGCUCCAUGUGUUUGGUGGAAUCCAUGAAGUAAACCCUGUGAGCAUCUCCAAGGCACUGAGGACAAAAAUAUGUUCUCUGCCUUCAAAAACUUCCUAGUCUAGAGGAAACUGGCAUAGACACAAUUAAUUGAUGAUCUGAUGAAUUAGCAUUGUGUGAGCUACAAUCCUGGCAUGAAUCAAGAACUAGAGAGGCACACAGGAAGGAAGGAAGAUGCCUCUCCUUGGUGAAGACAAGGCAUGAGGAGGAGGGGACAGGGAAGCUCACCUGGUGGACAACAGGCAAGGCAGCGGAGGAGGGCUCUGCUGGAAGAGGAAACAGACUGGGGAGGUGGGGCCAGUGCAUAAAGGGCCACUGCAAGAACGGGUUGUAGGAGAAAAGGAAAGACAGAUCAGUCACUGAUGACCCCCUCCACCCCAGGUCUGCAGACAGAGCUGAUUCCUUCUCUAAGCCUCAGCAUCCCCUACCGACAAACAGUCCCUCCUGCUCCUUCUCUCCCAAGUCCUCUAAACAACUUCAUGCCCAAACCACAGAGAGAACAUUCUCAGGCCUAAGGCAGGCCUUCCCAGCACAGAAUGUUUGGAGCCCUCUGUGAGAGAGCGGCUGGCCCCCUUAACUGUCCCCCUUCCCUCCGGGAGCCAAGGCGGGCACUGUGCACCUGCCCCUGAAUUGUGUGCAGCAGUUGCCGGCCUGGAGCUGAGUGACACAGCAGGUGCCUCCAGCCUGAAGACAAUUCCAUAUUUCAAUGGAGCGUCGCCACCAAAGCUUAUUAUCUAGGGCAAUAAAGUUUAGGAUUAGGGGGAUUCAGGAUGAUUGUGUGAUUCUCCACAAAGCUUAUCUUCUAAUAGACCAGCUGCUUUAUUAGGCCGCCCCCACCCACACCAGGCCCUUCCCAAAGCAUCCCAAGUCCCAGGCAGCCGAGGGGGGCCUUGAAGGCGGCAGUGGUAGACAGCUGGGGGUAUCAUAUCACCCUCAGUCUCCAUCUGCGAGUAUUAAAUUACGAGCGGCUUCCAGCUGGGCACACCCCAGCUCCCACCUUCCUCCCACAAAGCCAGCAUCAUCGUCAGGCAUCUGCCAAGGACACGAUGUGGCCGCCUCUCCCCUGCUGAUCCCCACCCUUGAACUCUAAAAGGGCCAGGUCUGGGUAUUUACUUGCUAUUAGGGCUGUCACUGUCACACUGUGGAAUGCAGUGGAGUGGAGGCCUGGAGAGAGGGGGGGACCAUGGAAAUUUCUGUUGCAAAUGGGGUUUUCCUGGGACUGUUCACUAUAAACAAAAAAAGAAGAUGGAAACAUGCACCACAGAACCUCAAAGAAGCUGGCAUGCUUACCAAGCUCCCACAUAUUUCUCCCAAAAUGAAAUUCAUUAACCAUUGAGUGUUCUGGGGACCACCCCCACAUGCUCCCCAAUCCCAUUGCUCAGUUCCUUUUCUGAUGGGAGCAGAGCAUGGGAUGGUGUCUCUCCAACCCUGUGUGGUCAGCAGCACUGAGGCCACUCUCGUUUCCUAUCCCUCCCUGACAGUCUCCUUUAUCCUCAGCCCCUGACAGACUAUCUGUUCAGAGUAGGAAUUUAUCAAUAAGUAUUGAUAAGCAUGCCGAAAGGAAUAUGGGGGACUGGGAAUAUGCCUGAAACAUAAUGAAUGUUUCAAAUAAAUGAAACGCUCUGAAAAUGGAAUUUUCAAAGAUUCUGACAAGCACACAGCAUCUGCUUAUGGAUUUUAGGAAAACUUAGUCAUAGAAUUAUUCAGAGUUCACAUUUCAGCCAUGGGGAUGUUGUGCGCCUGUUGACAGCAGAGGUCCCUGUACAAGUUUGUUUUUUACUGUGUCUGUGUGUCAUUCACUAAAGAGAGAGUGUGGCUUAGAUGCUCAGAGUAAUUAAUUGUAGUAUUGAGAUAAUAGUGGCUUUGAAAUCCAGCUAUGCUUAUAUACGUGCAUGCUGUGCAGUUAGAUGCUCCUGGGUUCAGAUCUGCUUCCAUCACUACCAACUACGUGGCCUUGUUUUCUGAUCUGCAAGCCAUGGAUUGUAUUGCUUACUUUGCAGGACUGUGGUAAAGGUUAGGCAUAUAUGAGGCAAGUGCAAUGCCCAACAUUUGGCAGAUGCUUAAUAAGUGUUGGCUAUUAUUAUUACUACUACUACUACUAUUGCUUUUGCUAUUGCUAUUAUGUGUGACCUAUAUAAUAAUCCUAUUAAUAUGAGUGAUGGCAAGAAUCAUGGACUAUGCAUCUAGCAUAAUCAGGAGGGUUUGACUGUUGUGAAUGAAUUCAAGGGCAGGACAAGCAGUGACAAGAGUUACUGAAGUUCAUCUGAUCUGAGUUCUGUUCAUUCAUUUAUUUGGGAUCCAAAUUCUGAACCCCAACUCCGUGCUAAACACUGUUCUAGGUGCUGGGAAAACAGCAAUAUGUUAGUCUGUUUUUGCUGCCAUAAAGGAAUCCCUGAGAUUGGGUAUUUUAUAAAGAAAAGAGGUUUAUUUAAAUCACAGUUCUGCAAGCCUAACACCUGGUGGAAGCUGCCAAGGCUUACAGCUUAUACCCUCUGAAGCAACACCCUAAUCUAUACCUUGAGCCAAGACUGGAAUUGGAGCUGCCAGGAUGCAGGAAGCAGUGUCCCAAGGAAGUGCAGAGCAGUGGGGUACUGAAUGUGGCCCCCCAAACCAUUCUUUUCUCCUAGGCCUCUGGGCCUGUGAUGGGAGUGGUGGCCUUGAAAAUUUCUGAAAUGCUUUCAAGGCCUUUUUCCCAUUGUCUUGGUUAUUAGCACUUGGCUCCCCUUCAGCCAUGCUAAUCUGUCUAGCAAGUGGUUGCUCCACAGCCCACUCAUAUUUCUCUCCUGAAAAUGUUCUUUCCUUCUCCACCGCACAACCAGUUUGUGAAUUUUCCAAACUUUUAUGCUCUGCUUCCCUUUUAUUUAUAAAUUUCCCAGCCUCAGAUAUUCCUUUAUAGUAAUGCAAAUGGACUAACAGAAGCAACGAAUAAGAAGGGGUCCUGGACCCUCUACAACUCAUCUUCUAUUGAUAAAGAAAGAAAGAAGAAAAAAUGAAAAUAAGUUAGAAAACUCAAAUUUUGAUAAACUCUAUGAAGAAAAUAAUCAAGAAAUGGGAUAGAAGUUAGCUGGCAUGGCAGGGUGGAGUGGGUGAGUAACAUUAAUGAGGGUGACUACAGAGAAACUUUCUGAUAAAAAACCCUGUAAGUAAAGGUCUAAGUGAUGUGGAUGAGGCAGGCACAUGAAGACCUGGGAGAAAAGUGUUCAGGCAGAGAAUAUAGCAGGUACAGAGCUUUUUGUAUAAGAAGGUAGCAAAAAGGCCAGUAUGGCCAGAGAAUAGAGGAAGUAAGGAGAAAGAUAGGGGAUGAGGCAGGUGCUAACUCAUCAACAUCCUUGCAGGCCUUGAUGAGAGUUAGGAUUUCAUUAUAAUUGCAAUACGAAGACAGUGGAAGGUUUUUUGGGGGGUAGGGGUGGCGAAUGACAUGAUUGGAUUGAUAUGUUGGAAAAGCCCAUCUGGCGACUGUGUUCAGUAACAGUGCACUUGCGUGAAGAUCCCUCACAGCAGCAGACAACACAAAUGCCCCCUCCCACCUAUCAUGAAAAUUUGGAAAGCCAAGCCAAUAGGAAACUGAAGCUACAAAGACCCAGCCCCUGGAAAGCAAUAUAAACAAGACCAGAAAAAUCAUGUGUUGAGGACAAGUUCACAUUGAAGUAAAACCAUAUUGACAUUGACUGCAUUCCCUACCUGCUUAGGGGUUUUGCUUCACCUAAACUAGCACCUUGGGAAUCUGUAAAAGCUUACAAUUUGAGAAAAGCAAGAGAUGACACCUGAUUAUCCUUUGAAUUGACUUCCAUGUCUGUGGCUGUUUUCCCUAAGUUCCUGUCCCUUACACACACGUUACAAAAUUUUGUCUCAAUUCUUUGCUUUUAAAGGAUUUGACUUUAACAAAUUCACAUUGGGCACUUGCUUAGUAGGAAAGGAAAUAAGUGACUCUCAUCCCCUAUGUUAUAAAACUUUUAGGAGUAUUAUACACAGGCACAUACAGGGUACACUGGUAUGGCUUGUCAUUUUGUGACAAACUCUUGUCAGUUUGUGGUCUGGUGGAAAGCAUAUGGAAUUAGCAAUCAAGAAAGGUGAGAUUUAGUUCUGGCUCUGCUUCUAACUAGCAAUGCAAACUUGGACAAGAGAUUUAUUCUUUCAAGUCUCAGUUUCAUCUUGUCAUAUGGACAUAGAGUGACACUUCCUUUAAAAAGAAGUUGGGUAUCCUGGCCAGGCGCAGUGGCUCAUGCCUCCCAGCACUUUGGGAGGCCGAGGCGGGUGGAUCACAAGGUCAGGAGAUCGAGACCAUCCUGGCCAACAUGGUGAAACCCUGUCUCUACUAAAAAUACAAAAAUUAGUUGGGCAUGGUAGUCCCAGCUACUCGGGAGACUGAGGCAGGAGAAUUGCUUGAAUCCUGGAGGCGGAGGUUGCAGUGAGCUGAGGUCGUGUCACUGAACUUCAGCCUGGUGACAGAGCGAGACUCUGUCU